CGGACAAUAGUCGAAAGCCUGUAGGAUCGGUGAAAUCAGUGCAGGCGCUGUUCGCCGGUAAUAUUACACUAUUCAGUUGGAGACGCGCGGCAGUCGUUUUUCGAUCUUCGUAGCUACACACGAUUUCUACAGGUUUUUUUUUAUUCAUCAAACAAUAAUAAAUCCGAAUCCGUUAUUACAAGUAAACUGUCUAAAACCGAUUUCGAAUACCUACCAACAUUGCCGAUAUUUAUUUUUACCGACAAUAUUCAGUUUAAUCAACACCACCAACAACAACAAUCGUUCACGCCUAACCGGGUCACCUAGUUUUUAUUGGGAUUUUUCAUUUUGCAUGAGUUAUCGAACAUGACAACCAACAUGAAGGUAGACAACGAAAUGUUCCAGUUGGACGUGGCGCCACUGUGCAGCGAGACUGUGUCGUUGGCCGCGAGGGAACUUAGAGAGACUCCGGAACAAGUGCAGGAGUCGCUGGCCGGACUGCGAGCCAUACUUAAAGAAAAGAACACACUAUUGUUCAAAGACAACGAUGAGUAUCUAAAAAUAUUUUUGAGACCGACUAAAUACUAUCCGGAGAGCGCUUACAAGCUGAUGAAACGUCUGGCGGAAUUCAAGAAGAAGCACGACAAAAUCUUGGCCAACCCGUUGCCCAGAGAAGAGAAGAAAUUGUUCACUGAAAAUAACGUAGUCAACGUACUGGUAGACCGAGACCAGAAAAACCGGAGGAUUCUAGUCUUAAACAUGGGAUCUGCCUGGGAUCCCAAGUGCCUUACUAGCGAACAAUUGUUCAAAGUCCUCUAUCUGAUUCAAGUGGCGUCACUUGUGGAACAGGAGACCCAAGUCCGUGGGGCCGUUAUUAUCAUCGAUUUCCACGGGUUGUCCACUAAACAGGUGAUGGCGCUGUCGCCGUCGUUUGCCAUGACGUUGCUAUUGUACAUUCAGGAAGCCAUGCCACUGCGUUUGAAGGAAGUGCACAUCGUCCGCCAACCGUUUUUAUUUAAUAUGGUAUGGCCGAUGUUCAAGCAGUUCAUUGGAGAAAAACUCAAAAAACGCUUGUUUUUCCACGGCAACAAAAUGGCUUCUUUGCACAAGCACUUGGACGCCAACAUGCUCCCGGAGGAUUACGGCGGCAAGAGGCCAAAAUUGAAUUACUCCAGUGCCGACUGGUAUCCCGUUUUGCAGAACUUAGAACCUCAUAUAGAAGACUGGAAUAAGUAUGGUCUAGUAAAAAUAUAGCCACGUAAUGGUCAUAUCUCACGCAAAGCGAAUGACGAUGGAGUUAAUUAAAUUAUUGCAGUGCAUAAUCGUCUCUCCGGGUCGUACAAUUUUGAUUUAUAAUUUAAAUUAAGUUAUUAUAAUUGAAAAAAAAAUUGUAUUUAUAGUUUAUAUAAAUAUUGAUUGUAAGUUAUAAACAUAUUGUGAUUACAACGGAUUUGCCAUAUUUUAUACUAUUCCCGGUUAGGCAACAAUUCAGAAUUGUGCAGUUAUUAACCUAUAAUUACUAGUGUAGGCCAUGUAGUUCUCAAUAACGUAGCGAUUUUCUUAGUAUAUAAACAAAAAUAUCACCAUACGUUUUUAUAGUUUUAAUAAUUUUUUUUUUUUUUUAUAUAUGAAGCCUUAUGCUAAUAGCUUGAAAUUAUUAGCAUAAUCAAUCUCAGUCUAUAUACUAUUACUUAAACAAAAUAAAAUAGAGCAAUUCAAUUAUUCCAUUUACAUUAUGAUAUUUUAUAAUGCAAUAUGUAUAUUAUCAACAAUGAACCGACACCUGUAACAAAGCAUGUUGUAUACUUUACUAUGAUCUGACUAGUUAUCUCAAUAUAAUUAUUGUUAAGUUUCGUUUUAUACCAUUAUAACAUUUCUUUAGUUUUAUUGAUCUGGUUUUUAAGCAACUAAGUUACCUAUAACUUUUAUUACCGUAUUUUACAUAUCUAUACUUAAAUUGUAUGCUAUUCAAUUUAUUGUAAUAUUAUACUAUAUAAAAACCAUCAAUAAUUCAA